AUGGAUUCUCGCUCGUCGCCCGUCGUCGCCGAGUCUCCCGACGACGAUUCCGCCUCUCCAAUCCAUUCGCUAUCCGACGAUCUUCUCACCUCCAUCCUCCGCGUAGUCCUCUCCGCCAAUCCCACCGCAUCCGAUACAAGCACAUCCGAUAUAAGCACCAGCGAUUCUCGCACACCGUACCAAGCGGCUCUGGUCUGCAAGCGCUGGUCCCGCGUCGCGCCUCUCGCGCUCACCUCCCUCACAGUUCUCUCCGCCUCUUCCGCCGCCUCCUUUUCCCCCAAACGCGAGCUGCUCUGCCGCCGUCUCGAGCAGGCGCUACGCAAGUUUCCGAAUCUGACUCGCCUGCACCUCGACAGCCACACGAUCGACUUCAUCGACGAUCGCUUCCUGCGCGGCCUAGGCUCGGCAUGCCCGAACCUGACGUACCUCUUUCUCGGCAAGGUUCGGCUGCCGGUUCGGCCGCCGCUCGUCGACGCGGUGAGCGAGGCGGGCCUCGCGAGCGUGUUUCGCGGAUGCAGGCGGCUCGAGCACGUGAGCGUGCACUGCGCGCCGAACAUCAAAGCGCUCCCCGCGUCGCUCCUCGAUCUUUCCGCGCUGCGCCGGCUGCAGCUCGAAGCGCCGAGUUUGAAGCUAUUCCCGGAAGUCUCCCGGGGGAGAUUAAGUUCGCUCCGCGAUUUGCGGCUGCUGUCGUGCAAUGCGCUGCCGUGCCUGCCGGACUCUCUAGGCGACCUGGCGGGUCUCACGCAUCUGCGCAUCGAGAAAUCCGACAAUCUCGAGCAGCUGCCGGAUUCGUUAUGCGACCUGCAGCUGCUCGACGUCCUCGUUAUAAGCUCCUGCUACUGGCUCACGUCGCUGCCCGACGAUCUCGGGCAGCUUCCGUGCUUGCGCGUGCUCGAGUUGGACGGCUGCGGAGGUUUGCUCGAGCUGCCCGGUUCGCUGCCGCAACUGCACUCGCUCGAACGACUCGUUAUAAGCCGAUGCGGUAACCUUACACUUUUGCCCGAAGAUAUCGGGCAGUUACCACUCUUACGCGAAUUAGAAAUCAGCAAGUGUCAUCGACUAGUCGGCCUCCCGCCAUCCCUGCCCGACCUAGCCCAGCUCGAGUUCCUGGAAGUUUCCGACUGCACGCGUUUAGAAUCUCUCCCGGACGAUCUAGGCCGUCUAUCCGUUCUUAAAACCCUGCGCCUCGCCUCGCUUCCUAAUCUCUCCUCUCUGCCCGAAACCCUAGACCAGCUCACAUGUCUGGGGGAGCUCCAAUUAGAAGACAUCGACAGUCUUUUAGGCUUGCCCGACCCGCUAACGAGCCUCGGGCAGCUGGAAAAACUCGUUCUGGGGCUGUCCUGCGCGCCGAGCCUGCCCGAAUCCGUAGGCGCGCUGACGCGUUUGAAAGAGCUGCAGCUGCGGCACUGUAAGGGGUUAACGAGUCUGCCUGUAGCGAUGCGCGCGAUGACGCGAUUAGAGCGGCUGGUGGUGGAGGAGUGCUGCGAGCUGGUCGCGCUUCGGCUGCCUGAAGUGGAGGGCGUGGCCCUGGCUGAGCUGGAGCGGCUGGUGGUAACCAGGUGCACCGCGUUACAGUGGGCGCCGGGGAACAUGGCUCAGAUGCAGGGGCUGCGGGAGCUGAGGCUGGAUGGGUGCAGAACGGUGCUGCUGCCGCCGUCGCUGGCGUGCUUGGGGCGGCUGGAGAGGCUGAUUGUACAGCACAACCACCUGCACCCGAAUCCCCACUCACACGCACCUCCCUCACACGAUUCUUUACCUGCCCUUAUCCCAUCCAAUGCAACCGAAACCCCCUCCUCUGCCCACGAGCCCUUCUCCUCCUUCCUCCCCGCGCGGGCCCUAGCUCUCCCCCCCGGCAUGGGCCAGCUGGCGCAGCUGAGGGAGCUGGAGGUGAGCGGCUUUGACUCCCUCUCUGCUCUGCCACCCUCCCUUGCCUCCUUAUCCCGCCUCACCCGCCUCUGCCUCACCGGAUCCCUCAAGCUCGCCUCCCUGCCUGACCUCCCCUGCGGUGCCGUUGCUGCUGGUUUUGACUCCUCCUUCUCCCUCAUAGCCCCUUCUUCCACGGCUCCCAACAGCAACGGCACCUUCUUCCUCCAUCUCACCAACCUGCGAGACCUGCAGCUCGAUUCCUGCCUCUCCCUCUCCGCCCUCCCCGCCUCCCUCUCCUCUCUCUCCUCCCUCACCCGCCUCCACCUCGCCUCCUGCUCCUCCCUCUCCGCCCUCCCCCCACGCCUCUCCUCCCUCUCCCACCUCCGCUCCCUCAACCUCCAAGAGUGCAUCUCCCUCACCUCCCUCCCCCCCUCCCUCUCCUCACUCGUCCGCCUGGAAGGGCUUUACCUCAAGGGCUGUAUCCAGCUGAAAAGCCUUCCAGACGACAUCGGCUAUUUGCCGAGGCUCAGGGAGUUGGAUCUGAGGGACUGUGAGGGGUUGCUGGCCCUGCCGGGGUCGAUCACACACCUUACAGGGCUCAAGUGGCUGGAUAUCUUUGGAUCACUUAGUGCUGGCCGCUACAGCGCGUACACGUUGACAAUUUUCUUGUGGGUGCCGCGAUUUGUGGAGGACAAAUUCGGGAUGCUCUCGUCUCGAGGUGCCGCGCGAUUUAUGUCGCACAAUCCACCCCCCCAAGCGAUCCAAUUCCAAUUCCAACCUACCAACCAAGGGAAUCCCGUUUUCCGUCUCAACGACGUUUUCCGUCUCGACAACGUUUUCCGUCUCGACAACGUUUUCCGUCUCAACAACGUUUUCCGUCUCGACAACGUUUGCCGUUUUGAAUCCUUUCUCGCUCGAUGCUCCCGUUCAUCUGUCGCUCCGCGCCCGUUCUCUCCCUCGCUUCCGCGUCGCCUCCGCGGCCGUUCUCUCCCCCACUUCCGCGUCGCCUCCGCGCCCGUUCUCUCCCCCAUUUCCGCGUCGCCUCCGCGCCCGUUCACUCCCUCACUUCCACGUCGCUUUCCUAUCACUCCGUUCCCCAGCGCGAACCUCUCGCAUUCCGCUCGCGCCGAGCCAAGAGUCAUCCUCACAGCCUAG